AUGACUGUCACACGCUCCCAAACGGGGAAAACUCCUAAGAAAUUGGAGCGCCCUGGUUACGUUGAGACCCCUGGGCGACGAGUCACUCGCAGCAGCGUCGCUCUAGCAUCAGAGACCAGUGCGGACGACGUGUCCGAUUCAGCGACCGAAAUCCGCGGGCGAUCCAAGUCUACUACCCGGAGACGUCAGGUGAAGACCGAGGAUGUGUCAGAAGGGGAAGAGAACGGACGUGCCAAUGGACACACCAAUGGACACACCAAUGGACGCGCCAAUGGUUCGACGAAGAAGCCACGAGUCAUUGACGGCUGGGUUGAGGGCAGGGAUCCUAAGAUUGACUACAGCGGAGAGUUCGAGUUUGGAGGGUCCUGGGGAGUGCUGUCCAUGAUGAUCGGGUUCCCUCUGCUGAUGUACUACAUGUGGAUUGGCGCCGUCUAUUAUGAUGGCAAAUUUCCUCGUCCUUCGGACGGCCAGAGCAUGUUGGAAUUUUUCGCGCACAUGGGCCAUCUGGUCUAUGAAGGCGCUUACCCUUCGCUCAGAGCUUGGAUCAUUUACUGGGUAUUCUUCGUCUUCGAAGGUCUAUGCUACGUCCUUCUCCCUGGUGUGACUGUCAUGGGCCGUGCUCUGCCGCAUCUCGGGGGAAAGCAGCUCCCCUACUACUGUUCCGGCGUCUGGUCUUUCUACACCAGCAUUGCUCUUGCCGGUGUCCUCCAUUUUACCGGGAUUUUCAAGUUGUACACUGUCAUCGAUGAGUUUGGGCCUCUUCUGAGCGUCGCCAUCAUCUCCGGCUUCCUGGUGUCCUUCGUCGCAUACUUCUCCGCGUUGGCUCGUGGCGCGCAACAUCGCAUGACCGGGUAUCAUAUCUAUGAUUUCUUCAUGGGCGCGGAGCUCAAUCCUAGAAUGUUUGGUAUUCUUGAUUUUAAGAUGUUCUUCGAGGUUCGCCUUCCUUGGUUCAUCCUCUUCUUCAUCUCUCUCGGUGCUGCAGCUCGGCAGUACGAGGUCUAUGGCUAUGUUUCUGGAGAAGUUGGCUUCCUCCUGAUGGCGCACUUCUUGUACGCCAAUGCUUGCUGCAAAGGUGAAGAGUGUAUCGUGUCGACCUGGGACAUGUAUUAUGAAAAGUGGGGUUUCAUGCUCAUCUUCUGGAACUUGGCCGGCGUGCCCUUGAGUUACUGCCACUGCACGAUCUACCUUGCCAGCCAUGACCCCGCUACUUACCGUUGGAACCGUGCCUUCCUGGUGUUCCUGUAUGCGGCAUAUCUGUUUGUUUACUGGGUCUGGGAUACCACCAACAGCCAGAAGAACCGUUUCCGCCAGCAAGAGCGUGGUACGAUGGUCUCUCGGAAGACGUUCCCUCAGCUCCCAUGGCAGACUCUCAAGAAUCCCAAGACAAUCACUGCCGCCGAUGGUUCCAAGAUCCUCGUUGAUGGAUGGUAUGGUAAAGCUCGUAAGAUCCACUACACAUGCGAUCUUUAUUUUGCCUUGAACUGGGGCUUGAUUACCGGCUUCAGCAGCCCGUUCCCCUGGUUCUACCCCAUCUUCUUCGCGUGCAUGAUCACCCACCGUGCCCUGCGUGAUAUCCAACGCUGCCGGAAUAAGUACGGCGAAGCCUGGGUGGAGUACGAACGACAGGUUCCGUAUCUGUUCAUCCCCGCGGAUGGAAAUGGUACUAUGCGUAUAUUAUCAGGUAUCUACGUGUUCCAUCCUACUAUUCCUGGAUACCCCAAAGCUCGAUUCCCUGGUGUAGUAGUGUUCAGUGAGAUCUACCAAGUGACUGGACCUGUCUCGCGAUUCGCCAGGCAGAUUGCGGGCCAGGGGUACAUCUGUGCUGCGCCGUCCAGCUACCACGAGUUCACCGGUCCGGAGCCGCUGCUAUACAAUGCUGAAGAUACCGACAAGGGAAACCAGUGGAAAGUCAGCAAGAAAAUAGCCGCUUAUGACGAGGACGCCUCGUUGUGCGUUGAUUACUUGCUCUCCCUGCCCACUUGCAAUGGCCGGGUAGGCGCAACGGGUAUGUGCUUGGGUGGUCAUCUUGCGUACCGAUGUGCGUUGGACAGCCGCGUCAAGGCAACUGUGUGCUACUUUGCGACGGACAUCCACAGCAAGACCCUCGGCGAGGGCAAGAAUGAUGACAGUUUGGCGAGAGCGGGCGAUAUCAAGGGUGAGCUUCUGAUGAUUUUCGGGAAGAACGACAACCAUGUUCCGCCGGAGGGUAGAGAUCUGAUCCGCAAGACCCUGCAUGAGAAGGGCGUGCUGUUCAGCUUCUACGAGGUUGCAUGGGCUCAACAUGCAUUUAUUCGAGACGAGCUCAGCAAGGGGCGGUACGACCCCGCCAUUACCAAGGUAUGCUUUGAGAUGCUGCUCGAGUUGUUCGGACGGACAUUGAAACUGGACCUGGGCGAACACGAUGGUAAGAAAUUGGAGAUCGAGGAUGUAUGCUAG